AUGUCAAUAUUGAACACACCCAAGAAGCAAUGGAUGAAGGGAAGCUCAACCAAGACUGUGCCAUUAAAAGGAUAUUUCGCAGAUGGAAUUUGGCAUUGUAACUGUAAUCCACGACUCCCUGCAGCGAACUUUCAAGUCAAAAAGGAGGGGCCAAACACAGGACGAUGGUUCUAUACUUGUCAACAACCGAAAGAAAGUGGAUGCGGGUUCUUUCUCUGGAAAGAUGAUGCGGUUGGAAGGGAAAUGACUGCUGUGAUAGCGAAUUCGAGGUCGGAGCCAGGUGCGGCUGGGGCAAGCAAGACCACCGGGCCACGUCCCGGUGCUGGAGAUAAAUCGACUGAGGAUGACAAUGACGAGUUUGGUGACUGGUCUCUGUCGCCGGAAGAAGAGAGGAAGCUUGAACAGUCUAUCACCCGUGCGGAAUCAGGAUCACCGUCUCCAGAGACGCCACGGAAAGCCACCAAGACAACCCAGUUUUCUACACCAAAUAGCAAGAGGAAGUUCGACGAAAGUGUGCUGCCGACGCCUUCGACUGGCGGAAGAACUUUGACGGGAUUCGAUAGCGGCCGUAGGGACGAAGAUGUGUUCACGACACCAGCUACAAUUUCUAAAGGAACGUGGGAUGGACGUCAGGCUUUUGGAUUGCGAAGCCCAUCUGGAACACCUACUCCAGCUCGGUACAGAGAGUCUACAGUUGCGAGUGACGUUCACAGCCAGCCGUCGCAGAAUGGCUACGAUAUCACAGACGAAGUACUAGAGCUACUGAAGGACCAGCACAUCGACGACGAGACUACGACUAGUUUAAAGCAGCUACUCAGUAAACAUGCAAUGAAGAUAUCCGGCAUUGCCAAGGGACGAGACAUCACUCGUGUGGCCUUGAAAGCCAAGGAGACGAAAAUCGCAGAGCUCCAACAGAAAAUCUCGGCCCUUGAGGCGCAGCGUGAGUUGGACAGGACGGUAAUUCGGCAUUUCAAGAGUGACAUGACUGAAAGUGUAGAGAGAAGACGAGGACGAGGAAGAGGCAGGGGUGGAUGA